AUGUUCAGUGAAUACGGCGAGAAUUGGCAUCGGGCAGGAAUGAGAGAGAAGAAGCAGAACGUUUUUGAUGAUUUCAUUGCAGCAGCUGAAUAUUUGAUCAAGAACAACUACACGAAUAGUAAAAGGCUGGCUAUUCAGGGUGGCUCAAAUGGUGGAUUACUGGUGGCAGUUUGUUCGCAGCAACGUCCCGAGCUGUACGGAGCUGUAAUAAACCAAGUUGGUGUCCUGGACAUGCUACGCUACCACAAGUUCACGGUCGGUGCAUCAUGGUUAGAUGAGUACGGUAAUCCCGAUGUAGAGAAGGACUUCAAAUUCAUCUUCAAACAGGGCAAAGCCACUUAUUGCUGA